AUGGAAGGACUAAUAAAUGUGCAGUUAGAUUUACAUAAUUCAAUUAAAAGGGAUUUAUCCAAUUUUAAGAAAAGUGCAAAAGAAAGAAUAAGCAAAGAGUACGUAGAAAUUAGAUCGGAAAGUUUAGAAACAGAUUGGUUAUCUUUUAGAGCAAAUCAUGCUAAAUUGUUUGAAAUUUCACAACCAGAUAUUUUGGCAAGUACACAGUAUGUUGUAAAAGAAAUUUAUGAUAUUACUAAAGAUCACUAUUUCAAUUAUAAAUCUCUCUUAAUAAGAACUUUGAAUCAACUUAGGUCAACAGAAAGUCAGUCAAGUCCUAGUACAAAUAGUGAUAAGGUCAGCCCGUUAGUAAAGCUUCCAAAAAUUACUAUUCCAAUCUUUUCGGGUAGUUAUUCAGAAUGGACAACAUUUCGUGAUUUAUUCGUUUCUCUUGUUCACAAUAAUACUGAUUUAGACAAUGUACAAAAGUUAAAUUAUUUGAAAGCUCACAUAACGGGUGAGGCAGAGCAGUUAAUAAGGCAUACACCAAUUACUAGUGCAAAUUACAGUCGAUGCUGGUCUCUAUUAGAACAAAGGUACAACAAUAAAAAAUACUUAGCGAAAUGCAUCUUUAAACGCUUGUUUAGCAUUAAACAGAUGAACACUGAGUCAGCAUCCGGUCUAAAAGACCUUAUAGACACCACCAUAGACUGCUUGAAUGCCUUAAAAAAUAUAGACAUUGAUGUUAGCACAUGGGAUAUUAUCAUAAUUCAUAUUGUUACUUUCAAACUCGAUUCCGAAACACGGAAACAGUGGGAGCUACAUAUUUCUAGUUUAGUCGAUUCGAAUCAAUUGCCAACCUUAGAACAAUUUAAAACUUUUAUGGAAAACCGUUUUCGCGCUUUAGAAUUUGUAGAUUCUAAAAAACCUUCAGUACAGUACAACAGUGGUUCUAGUUCAAAACCAAGGUCUUUUAAAGCUACAAAUACCUCAGUUAUGCGCUGUGAGUAUUGUUCAGAGCAACACAAAUUGUGUUUUUGUAAAAGGUUUGCUGGUGAAGAUAUCGCAACAAGGCGUGACUUUGUGGCCAAGAAUUCAAUUUGCGUGAACUGUUUAGGCAGCAAUCACAUAUCUUCUCAGUGCAGAAAUCCUGGAUCCUGCAGGAUUUGUAAAUCGCGUCACCAUUCCCUUUUGCAUCAAGAGAUCGAGAGCACAGCUUCCAGUUCAACGGCAGAAAAACCUGUUGAGAGUACUAGCACUUUAACUAAUACUCCACCAAUAGUUUCAUGUCUUUCAACUCAAAGGAUUUCCAGUUGCGGUCAGGUUUUACUUCCUACGGCAUUAGUAAACACCGAGUCUGAAGCUGGUAAGGAUCAUAUCCUCAGAGUUUUGUUAGAUCAAGGAUCGCAGGCCAGUUUUAUAACUGAGGCUGCAGUCCAGCUGUUGCGUCUUAAGAAGACUCCUGUAAGCGGAAUGAUUACUGGACUAGGAGGAAACAAAGCCAUACGAUCAAAAUAUGUAGUUACCAUCAAAUUAAGAUCAAGGACAAACCAGGACAACAACAUACAGGUCACAGCUUACGUGCUGAAGAACAUAACUACGUUUUUACCGGAACGUCAAGUGCAUAACUUGGACUGGACAGAAUUAAAGAACUUACAACUAGCAGAUCCCCAUUUUAACACUCCUAAGGCUAUUGAUAUGCUGUUGGGUGCUAAUAUUUAUAGCCAAACAGUACAAGAAGGCAUAAAGAAGAGCCGUAAUGGGAAACUUAUAGCACAAAGAACAACAUUAGGGUGGAUUCUGUCUGGCACAGUUAACGAACAAUUUAACAAGAACAACGAGGACACUCCGAAAAUAUCGGUUAUGCAUGCUCAGGUCACUGAAACUAAAAAUUCAAAACGGAUAGAAGUAGAGCAAAAGUUCAAACCAAGAACACCAAAUAGGACAGAUGAAGGUCGCAAUCGGACACGACACCUGAACGUAACCAAAACCCAACCAUCAGACAAAAGGCUAUCGAAGAAUUUAGAUCUGAAACAAAUAGAACACAACAGAAAUUUACAAUUAGGCCAUAUAAAAUCUGUAAACAUAAAUGACAGAGAAAAUAAUGAAACUGUCUACUUACCACAUCAUGCAUUCGUAAGAAACGAUAAGACAACCUUAAAAGAACAAGCUGAAAAAUGGAAUAACAAUAAAGUAGAUAUAUUAACAAGCAUAUAUAAGAAAGAAGAUCAAGAGAACAUACAAAACCACACACAAGAAAACGACAAGCAACAGCAAGACACCUUAAGCAAGGGUAAGCACAAACAGAACACAAUGGAAAAGAACAAACAGAGCAAAAUUAGCCUCAAGAUCAAAAAAGACAUGAAGAACAAAAAUGAAUAUUAG